ACCUCGACAUUCCGUGUUCAAGAUGGCCGCAGUCGGGAAGGAGAGGCGUCUCUAAGGGGCUUACCUGAGGCAAAGGGAGACUCGCAUUUCCAGAGAGCUGUUUGGAAAGAACGUAUCUACCUCAAUAAAUGAAGGAGAAUAAAGAAAAUUCAAGUCCUUCAGUGACCUCAGCCAACCUGGACCACACAAAGCCAUGCUGGUACUGGGAUAAGAAAGACUUGGCUCACACGCCCUCACAGCUUGAAGGACUGGACCCAGCCACCGAGGCCCGGUACCGCCGGGAAGGGGCGCGGUUCAUCUUUGAUGUGGGCACACGCCUGGGACUGCACUAUGAUACCCUGGCCACUGGAAUCAUUUAUUUCCACCGCUUCUACAUGUUCCAUUCCUUCAAGCAGUUCCCGAGAUACGUCACGGGGGCCUGCUGUCUCUUUCUGGCAGGGAAAGUCGAAGAAACACCCAAAAAAUGUAAAGAUAUCAUCAAAACAGCUCGUAGCUUGUUAAAUGAUGUCCAGUUCGGCCAGUUUGGAGAUGACCCAAAGGAGGAGGUCAUGGUCCUGGAGAGGAUCCUGCUGCAGACCAUCAAGUUCGACCUGCAGGUGGAGCACCCCUACCAGUUCCUGCUCAAGUACGCGAAGCAGCUCAAAGGUGACAAAAACAAAAUCCAAAAGCUGGUUCAAAUGGCAUGGACGUUUGUGAAUGACAGCCUGUGCACCACCUUGUCGCUGCAGUGGGAGCCAGAGAUCAUCGCGGUGGCAGUGAUGUACUUGGCAGGCCGCUUGUGCAAAUUUGAGAUCCAGGAGUGGACCUCCAGACCCGUGUACAGGAGAUGGUGGGAACAGUUCGUUCAUGAUGUACCCGUGGAUGUUUUGGAAGACAUCUGCCACCAGAUCCUGGACCUGUACUCCCAAGGGAAGCAGCAGAUGCCUCAUCACACCCCCCACCAGCUGCAGCAGCCUCCCUCCCUGCAACCUGCCCCACAAGUGCCCCAAGUGCAGCCACCCCCGCCGCCUCAAGGCCCCGACCCACCCCAGCCCCCGCCAAAGGACUGCCCACCAGCCAUCCAGCAGCCCCGGAAACCAUCUCCACAACCCAGCCCGCCCAGACAGGUCAAGCGCGCUGUGGUGGUCUCCCCCAAAGAAGAGAGCAAAGCAGCAGAACCACCACCACCCAAAAUCCCCAAAUUGGAGGCCGCCCACCCACCAUUGCCUCCAGCCCACCCACCUCCAGACCGGAAGCCCCCCUUGGCCGCUGCCCUGGGGGAGGCCGAGCCACCAGGCCCCGUGGACACCAGUGAACUCCCCAAAGUCCAGCUCCCCCCACCGGCCCACCCAGCACCUGUGCACCAGCCACCUCCGCUCCCACCCCGGCCUCCGCCGCCACCCCCCUCCAGCUACAUGACUGGCAUGUCGACCACCAGCUCCUACAUGUCCGGUGAGGGCUACCAGAGCCUGCAGUCCAUCAUGAAGACCGAGGGUCCAGCCUACGGCGCCCUGCCUCCUGCAUAUGGCCCACCCACCCACCUGCCCUACCACCAUGUCUACCCCCCUAACCCACCCCCU